CAGUUCAAGUUUAGCAGUGCCUGUGUCUGAACCCUUCUGGAUAAUUAAGAUAUUCUUCUUGAUAUUUUUACUUAAAGAAUUAUACAAAAUUCAUUAGAAUAAUGAAGUUUCUGCUUAUUUGUUUAUUCCUCAUUUACGCUACAAAUGCGGCUGUAAUUCCCAAGGAGAAAGAAGAGUUAGGUCGUCAACUUUUAGCACUAUGUUCCGCAGAAGUUGGUAUAUCAGAAGAUAAAGUGAUGACACUCAGGGAUGGAAAUUUUGACAAUGUUGAUGGGGAAGUUAAAUGUGUUAUCGAAUGUGGCUUCAAGAAAACCGGGUUUAUGACCGCUGAUGGAGUUUUCCAGCCUGAUUUUACCAUUUCGGCAAUUAGUAUGAGUGGUGUUGACUCCCCUAAAGCACCUGAGGCUGUUAACAAGUGCAAAGAUGAAACUGGAUCUGGAAAUUGUGAGAAAGCCUUCAAUAUCUUCUCAUGCAUGUUCAGGGAAUUUGGUCCAAUUUUCUGAAGGAUUAAAAAAAAUAUUUUUUAGUGAUUUUAUUGCUCUUCUUUUUUUUUUUAAUUCAAAAUAAUAUAUUUUUUGUUUUUAUAGGAGUCAUUAAAGGGUUAAAUGUUCUAAUUAGAAUAUGUAACAGUUAUAUAUUUUUAUUUUUAAUGAAUAAAUAAAAAAAAUGUCUGAAAAAUGUGAAAAAU